UGUGGGGGGAGUGUGAGAGUGUGAUGCUACAACCUCCUUAUAAAGGGACUCUCGCUCACGUUGCGGCUCGGAAAUUAGAGCACACUGACUAAAAGUGCGAUCUCCACGCACGCGCACACACACAUCCACCGCACACGCCGAGCGCCGCAGCCAUGAAUUGGAUGAACGCUGAGGAGACGCUCCGCAGGGCCGAGGCGCCUCUCUUCUGGGUCGGCGCGUUCACCGUGGCCUCGCUGGCGCUGUGGCUGCUCUACAGGCUGCUCUCGGGCUUCAGGAUCUGGGUGCUGGGGAAUGGACAGCUGCUCUCUCCGAAGCUGGGCAAGUGGGCAGUUGUGACGGGAGCCACGGAUGGAAUCGGGAAAUCCUAUGCGGAGGAGCUGGCUCGUCGAGGGUUCGCCAUGAUGUUGAUCAGUCGCUCCCAGGACAAACUGGAUGGCGUGGCCAGAACGCUUAAGGAGCAGUUUAAAGUCAAGACCAGAACCAUUGCAGUUGACUUUGGCAAGACGGACAUCUACAACAAGAUCGAGGCGGGCCUGGCUGGUCUAGAAAUUGGAGUUCUUGUAAACAAUGUUGGUGUGUCAUACCCCUACCCUGAGUACUACCUCCAAAUUCCUGAUCUUGACGACUUCAUCACAAACAUGAUAAAUGUCAACAUCACCUCAGUGUGCCAGAUGACCCGUCUGGUGCUGCCCAAAAUGACUGCGAGGUCCAAAGGUGUAAUCCUGAACAUCUCCUCCGCAAGCGGAAUGUACCCCGUCCCUCUGCUUACGGCCUAUUCCUCCACAAAGGCCUUUGUGGAUUUCUUCUCUCGUGGCCUCCACGAGGAGUACAGGCGUCAAGGCAUCAUCAUUCAGAGUGUGCUGCCCUUCUUCGUGGUCACUAAAAUGACUCGUAUCAAGAAGCCCACCCUGGACAAGCCCACACCGGAGCGCUACGUGGCUGCUGAGCUCGCCACUGUGGGGCUGCAGGGCCAGACCAACGGCUACUUCCCCCACGCUGUCAUGGGUUGGCUGACCACCAAGCUGGUUCCGAUGAAACUCGUCAUCUUCUUCGGCGCCAGGAUGAACCGCCUGCAGCGCACCGGUUACCUUCAGCGGAAGAAGCUGCGGGAGCAGAGGAACGGAGGCAUGUUGAAGAAUGACUAGAAAGACGUGCUCUUCAGACCCCGGUGCAGCAUUUGAGGAAAGCGGAGGUUGUGUUGUGGUUUUUGUGGAGAUCUCAGACAUGCACCUUCAGUUUGCAUGUGGAAGCACAUUUAUGACUGUAAAAAAGGUAAACUUUUUUAUAUAUUUGUAAAAUAAUUUAUUUUAUAUUUAGUAUGAACACACACGCUAAACUCUUUAAAAGUUUUUUAAGGCUUCCAACCGAAUUCAAGCUUCCAACCUAGUUCUGUUUACAAACCAUCUUCUUUCUGUCACGUCUGUUUACUUUCAUUACUGAACUGCCAUUGUCUUGCAAUGGUUUCUUUUUAUUUUAUAUAUAUUAUUGGGUGUUAACAAAAUACUUUCUGGUGGGUUGUUGUUGUUGUUGCACAAAUGUUUUGCUGCUUCUAAACCGAAGUGUUCUCAUUAACUGGUAUUCAUAAAAAGUGCCUUUUUACUGAGAAUGAAUGCAGGAAAAGGUCAGACAAACAAGUGGUUGUCUGGUUCAGAAUGUUUUCUGAAAGCUACAGUUUGUGGCUCUUUUUAAUCUAAAUGUAAGCCUUCAAAGACAGAAAAACCUCAACUGCUGUGCAUUUAAAGUUAUUUCUCCAGUGUUGUUUUUGAGAGGAUUUCACACGGGUCGAGAAUAUUCCCUUCAGUUGGAGUUUAAAGUAAAAUGCCUAAUGCCUACAGACUGCUGCAAAAAACAGAGAACUGCUCUUCCUCUCACAUGUUUAUGCACAAAUGAAUAUUCCAUGCAACUUGGUCUGCCCUGUGCGUGACAAAGUGGUCGUGUGAAUGCUUCUCAGUUUUUGUACAGUUUUUGUCUUUUUAAAUAAAAUCUGCUUGGAAAUCAAAAGAUGUUAUGUAAAAUUUCUAUGUCUAAAAUAUAGCUGCCUAAUUGUGUUUUCAACUGUUUGUUAAUAAAAGUUCUGGCAUACAGCA